AUGAAUUUGCAUAAAGCAAUUGCGCUGGAGAAGUUGAGCAAGUUCAGGAACAAAGUUGUUCGGUGGGCUAAAGAAUUUUUCGAUGUUAAUUCGUCGAAGAUAGAGAUUGACGGAUUGGAUGCAUUUCGAGACGGCUUGGCAUUUCUUUAUUUCAUUCACUACUAUGACGAAUCGCUGAUUGACGUCGAGGCCUUCGAUACGUCGGAUAGCUACAGGGUGCUCGAGUCCGCGUUCAGCUUGGCCGAGGAGUACUUGGACAUCCCGAAUAUUCUUUGCCCCCAAGAUGUCAUUUCGAGCACCAAUGAACAGAGCUUGGUGUUGUAUAUCUAUCUUUACAAAAUCAAGUUCGACUUGAAGAGUGCAGGAUCGGGGGACCGCGAGUUCGAGUCGAGCCAUCGGAUGGCGGACCUGAAGCAGAUUUUGUCCAAGAAGGUAGAAUCUGUAAGAUCACUUAUGGACCUGCUGACGCACGAGCAACAACGUCUCAUCUCGCUACUGAGACAGGACGAACUUUACAAAGAGAAGAUCCAUUACGAGAAGCACUUAGCGUCGAUGAACAGAAAGGUCGAAAAAAACAUCGAAAUAUGCUCGGAGCUGCAAAAGCAGAACGACGCACUGAAGCAACAGAACAGCUUGCUGCUGAAGAAUAUCGACAUUUUGCAGAAGAAGCUGAGUCAGGAAGUCCGCAAGAAAAAAGAGGCGAAAAAAUUGUCGGUCACGAAGGAGUCGGUGAAAUCAUUUUUAGAAUUGCUGAUGAGCGAAAAUUUGAGUGGUUAUCUAAAUAAAUACGAGAAAGGUGUAUUCGGACUGACGGAUACACAAAGUUGA